GGAGUUGAUAAAUAAUCUUCGUCAAAAUAGAAAAACACUCUCGGGAUCCGGAUCCGUAUUUGACUCGAACCGCCCGGUUCGGUAACUCAGUCCACGACCGCUACUUGCUAGGGCUCAAUUCCAGCUGCGGUAAUGGAGCGAUCGCAUCAGGUGGAAGCGGGGAGUCUCGAAGCUUCUCUGCUUCAAAUGGUCAGCGAUCACAAUCAUGCCGCGAUUGAACUGCGGGAACGAACUGAGAAAGCAAAGAAAGACGCUAUUCAGACUGCAAUACGAGUGUCGGAUCUGCUGGUUAAAUCCGUUGAUGGUGGGGUGCGUGAGGUCUUCAUCAACGAGGAGCGAAUUGAUAAGGAAAUUCAAGCAUUGACAGCAAGUAUCACGCGAUUCUCAAAGCAGAACGAUCAGUGGCUUGCAGCAUCUCAUGCUCUUAACACCGCUGUCAAGGAAAUUGGAGAUUUCGAGAACUGGAUGAAGACGAUGGAGCUUGACUGUAAAAGUAUUAGUGCAGCAAUCUGUAACAUUUACCAAACAUGAUCUUCCAUGAUGUAUUAUUUGAUUGCAUCAUUUUCCAUAACUUCAUGAGUGUAAGAAACAUACAUCCUUGAAGAGAAGAAAAAAGAAAAAAGGAAUGAAUUUCUCAUACAAAAAUUUAUGUGUGGCAA